AUGUCCACAACACUGCUCUCCCUCCCCCCCGAGCUCCUCCUCCUCAUCGCCGACCACCUCCCCCCCCUCUCCCUCCGCUCCCUCUCCCAGACCUCCGCAACCCUGCGCUCCCUCCUCACCUGCAUCGUGCACGCCCCCACCCCCGAAGGUGCCCUCCUGCUCUUCGCCGCCACGCACAACCACCCGCUGCUCCUCCGCAUCGCGCUCCACCGCGAUGCCCCGCUCACAACCCUCACCCCCGCAAACCAGCACAUCUCGCAGAAAGCCUGGGCACCCGUCAAGUACGACAACAUCCUCCUCGACCUGCGCAUCAAGGCCUCCCUCGACGGCACCUGCGUCGACCGCUACACACUGACCAUCCUGCACCGCGCGGCCGCCGCCGGCCAUGACGACAUCGUGCGCCUGCUGAUCGCCGCGGGCGCCGACGUGGCGGAGAGGACCAGCCGCGGCGAUACAGCGCUACAUGUGGCGGCGGAGCAUGGGCACGUUGGGGCGGUGGGUGUGCUGCUGGAGUGCGGGGCGGCCGUGGACGCGCCCGGGUGGCGGGGGUGCAGCGCGCUGCACUAUGCUGCGAUGAUGGGGGACGUUGGUGUGGCGAGUGUGCUGGUUACCGCUGGUGCGUCGGUGGGGGCAAAGGAUGCGAAGGGCGCGACGCCGCUGCAUUUGGCGGCGUGGAGGGGGAUGGUGGAUGUUGUGCGGUUUCUAGUGGUUGUGGGGGCGGAGGUGGGGGCGCGGGAUGCGAGGGGGGCGACGGCGCUGCAUUUUGCGGCAGGGGAGGGAGCGGAGGAGGUGGUGGGGGUAUUGGUGGAAUCGGGGGCGGAGAGGGCGGCGGUAGAUGAAGGUGGGGAGACGCCGUGGAGGUGGGCGUGGAGGGGCGGGCAUGGGGAGGUUGCGGAGAAGUGGCUGAAGGUUAAGGGCGCCAGGUGGAGGUUGGUGGAUUAUGUGUUUUUGAAGGCGUUUAGGUAG